AACUUACCAACUUUCAUGAAGAAUGUUGUAACAUGUUAUUCUUCAGCUGAUAACAACGGUUCUGCUAUGAUGGACCAUCAUUCAAGAUGUUUCCUGGGCAAGCGAUCAGCAGUCAUCUUCCUAGUCAUCUACACCAUCCUCAUGGGAUUCAUGUUCCUGUCCUAUCUCUAUACAUCAUCGGACGGCAGAACGAGCAGCGCCGCCCAUCUCUCCGGCAAGGAUGUCAUCGUUAUCAAGAAGAGUGCCGCUAGAACGUAUUCAGAUGUAGCAGGGUCAGAUGUAGUAGACACAGAUGGCAGGAUACAUCUGGGCAUGAAUUUUCUUCCAAAACCAGGGGUUCCAUCGCCGGUUCAGACUCAUUUUAAAUCGCUCCGAACAGGACAGCCAAUUAAGGACAAAUGCAAAAAAUGUGCAGUAAUCUCCAGCUCAGGACACAUGCUUGGAAGCAAGCGAGGGAGAGAGAUUGAUUCUAUGCCCUGCGUGAUACGCAUGAACAAUUCCCCGGUCGAGGGGUUCGAGGAGGAUGUAGGUGCAAGGACUACAUUGCGCAUUGUGUGCCAUAUGUCGACCGAGCCGGUCAAUGCCGACUCGGCAAGCCUCCUCAAUCCGUCCAACAAGCAGAGUCGGCCGGAGAAGAUAGUUUUCUUUGGUCUCAAUGAGCCCAACCACAGGUGGGCAUUGGAGAAAGCGGAAAUCAUGGUCAAGAACUACCCGGAGGUGGAUUUUUAUUCUUUGGACGAACUGGGAGAGCUGGAGUUUGAUCUGAUCUUUCAGAACGAGACAGGCAAGAAUAAAUAUGAUACCAACACUUGGUUAUCAACGGGUUGGUAUACCAUACUCCUAGCUCUGGACAUGUGUGAAGAGGUCCAUAUGUAUGGCAUGGUCAAUGAGAACUAUUGCGAGAGAAACAUAGAUUCCAAAAUCCGCUACCACUAUUUCCAGACCUGGGACAACCCCACAGAAUGCGACUACUACAAGAGCCAUGAGGACACCCGCUACCUGGGCGGCCAUCGGUUCAUCACAGAGAAGGCUAUCUUCAGCCGCUGGGGAGCCAUGUUCAACCUGACCUUCCACCAGCCAGACUGGGAGCCUCCGAAACUAGUCGAUGUCCUCAACAAGCCCCUCAAGACACCCUUUGUCUCGAGGAAUGAGGAGGACAAGAGUGCAGUUGGAAAGCUCUUUGACCAUUUUGCAAAGUGGGCUUUUGGAAGUUUGAUGUGAAAGAAAUCAACCCUCGGAGUAGUCUCCAGACAAGCUGGUGCUCUGUGUAUUUUGGGUUUAACGCUGAUGUGCAGUUGUGAUAAUGGUUCUUGACCUCAGUAGUGUCCUUUGUUGAGAUUGGUGUGAAUGCUUUCCAUACACUUUUGAAGACCUCUCUCAAAGUCUAUCAUUUACCAUCCCCUACACUCCACUUUUCCUUUGUUUCUCUUGCUCUCUCUCUCUCUCUAUCUGUUGCUUGUUCUUUCAGAUUUCUGAUUACAUGAACUCAAUUUUCAGUUUCUGGUAUAUAUGGUAUUUAACUUACCGGGGGAUUUUUAACAUAUUAGUUUUGUUACAAAUUGGGGAGUGAAAAAAAAACUUUAGAGAUACAACCUGAUUAAAAAAUUACCAUGGGACAGUCAUUGAAAAUGGGAAGAAGUUGUACCCUUUAUGCAUGUGAGUUAUCACUGCCAAAUAGAUUAAGUUAAAUCCCUCUUUGCUCGCUCUCUUAAAGUGAUAAAUUCACCUAUAUAUCAUGGAGUGUACCAUUCGGGGCAUGUAUUAUGAAUAAUGGUAGCAUAUCUGUGUCAUAGCAUCAAUAAUCAAUCGGUUCACUCUUAUCAGAUAAGUUUAAUUACAAUAUCGACUUUUAUCUUACGAUAUUGACCUUUAUCUGUCUAGAGAUAGUCUCAAAGAUUGGGUUAAUUAGGAUCAUUUUAAAAUUUUAAAGUGAUUCCUGGCAAUUAGCCAGUCAUUUGCCCCCCAGAAGAGCCUGGUUUGUCAAAAGGUACUAGUCCUUGUAUAAAUUUGCAAGAGGGAGUUGAAAUUGUAAAGCUUUUUACAGUCAGACCCCUUGACCAUCUCUCUUAUCCAGCUACAUGUAUAUCAAGCAACAAACGUUUUGACUACAGUUUAUCACUUGACAUGUACAAUCUUAUCCCAUGACCAUCUUGAACCAUUUACAAAUAAACAAUUUGACCAUCUUUCUGACCACCAUUCAUACUCCACUCUUGACCAUCCAUAACCAGUUAUAGAUAUCUUUUAAUCAUGCUGCCUACUUUCAUACUGGUAAUAUUUUCAAUUUUACAGGGAUGGCCUUCAUUGGAGUACAUCAAUAAUUAGCAAACAGGGUUAUAGAACGUCUAUCUUUAAAAGAAAUCAUAUUUUUAGCUAAGAAUGUCAAUAAAAGUACUUUAAAUAUAUCUGCAGACUAAUAUGUGUUUUCAUAGGCCCGUAUUCUGAAGUCUGGUUUAAAUUAGACCAUGGUCAAA